AGAGAUAGGACCAAGGACCAAGUGACCGUCAUCACCAUGCAAACCGCUCUAGCCGUGCUGGUGCUCCUUCUGGGAGUUGCCUCUCUCGCGAGCGGACAAGGCCUUGUAUUCCCAUGCGCCAGCAUGCAGGCCGUGUGCCGCUAUCUGGGCCGUGGAACCACGGUGAAGAUGACCUAUCCAACAUCGGUCAGAUCCUGCAUCUGUGGAUCCGCAGCCGGACCCUCUCCGGGCAAUCCGGUAGGAUGCAACUGGAACCCCAUGGGCGGUGAACUCGACGCUCUUGGAAAGUGUCACAAUAUGCAAGAGGUGUGUUCACACGUGGAUAAAGAUCACGAACGUGUGCAAAUUAACUGGGAUGAUGGAUCGGCGAGAUUCGGCUGUGUGUGCGGGUCCGACCACCCCCCCGGCACUCCAAAUUUCGCAGUUGUUGGCUGUAACUGGAAGCCUCCAACAGGCCUGCGCCUGCCUCCAAUUGAGAAGUAGGAAUUAAAGCAGCCCACCCCUAUCCAGCACGAACAGACGACAAGAGGCCGCCUACAUCAUCUGAAACUGAAGAAUAAGAAAAUUCUAAUUUUUGGAUUUCGGCUCAUGUCUGUAAUAAAUCGCU